AUGGAUAACAUCAAGACUGGCGAAAAAUUUAAAGCUGGUGGAAUAUGGGUGAUUGGUCAAGACCAGGAUUCUUUGGGAGGUGGUUUCCAAACCGCAGAUUCCUACAAGGGUAUCUUGACCGAAGUCAAUAUUUGGAAUAAAGUUCUUGGUUCCAAUGAGAUCAAACGUUUCGCAAACGACUGUGGUUUGCCGAUGCAAGGAAACUACAAGGCUUACAGCGAUUUUGCAAUCUCCAGUGCUACUGAAUUGAUCAAACCAUCAUGCUGUCAUUUGACUGCACUUCCUGAAGCUUGA